ACAGUGGUCACAUUGUGCUAUAUUCUCAGCAUACAGCGUUCGAUUCUGUCCUAAAAAGAGAAUGGUUUACGCAAAAUUGGCAUUUAACGCAUGCGCUGUAAGCUCGCGCCAGUCUGUUUCAAGAUGGUGGUCGCCGUGCAAGAAAACCGAGCCUAAAAACAAUCAAAUGUGAAAAGCGUCAAAAUACAACAAGCAAGGUUUUUUCCGUUGGGUAGAAGUCAGGAUGACGUUCUGGCCGCAGCUGUUAGAUCUGUCCAGAGAUGAGUGUAAACGUAUUUUGCGACGCCUGGAACUGGAGGCGUACUCAAACCUGGUGUCUGCUUUCCGUGCACAGGGGGACCUCACCAAGGAUAAGAAAAAACUGCUGCUAGACCUGCAGCAGUCGUUGAGCAUUUCAACAGAACGGCACAGAGCAGAAGUCAGGAGAGCUGUAAAUGAUGAAAAACUGACAACAAUUGCAGAUUGCAUGUCUGGGCCUAACGUCAGUUCUGAGUGGUUGGUAGAGGGGAGGCGAUUGGUACCUCUUAUGCCGCGGCUGGUGCCUCAGACGGCAUUUACCCUGGCAGCCAAUCAUGCUGCUCAAGUACAGGCUGAGAAAAACGCCAUGAUGCCUCUGCCGUCAGUCACAGGAAAUAAAGAUUUGAACAAGGCACCCAGCACCCCAGUGCCACCUGGUGUGACAGUAGCAAAGAUUAGCCAGGUGGCGCCACCAGACUCUCCACAGGUGGUCCCUGCCUCUGGUCCUGUGACCCCCACACCAGUGGCCAGUGUCAAACAGCGUCCAUCUAGUCCAGCCUCCAAUGUGGUAGUCCUGCCCAGUGGGAUGUCAAUACACAUUAAAGGGGGAAUAAACACAGAAGAGGAAGAUGAAUUCCCUUCACGGAAACGCAAACGCAGCAAUUCAGUGGAGGGGUUUCUUCCUCGCACUGUCACCACGGUAUCCCUGCCCACGCCCAAGGUGACGUACACCACGACCUCCAGCUCCUCCAACACCAUCCAUGGUAUCUCCCCCAUGAAGAUCACCAUCUCUAAGAGUCCACAGAAGAUGCAGAACACUGUCACACCCUCACAGAAGGUCAUCCUAGUGUCCAGCUCUGGUCAGUCCAGCACCCCUAAUAUUCUCCAGAAGUCCAUCACUGUGCCUAUAAUCAAGACGACGGCUACCACAGCAACGUCAGCCAUAGGAUCGUACCCAAAGACUAUUGUGUCUCCGGCUAGCUCCUCCACCAUGGGGAGUAUUGCCUCAGUGGUGUCUUCACAGGGCUCACACCCCAGUGGCUUGAGUAUAACCAGACCAAGACCUAAGACCAUACAAACAAGGCCAAAAGUGCAGCAGGUGGGCAGUCACAAGCCAGGUAUAGUAAUCCCAAUGUCUCCACAACAGCAGCCAUCUCCACAGAGUGUCCCUGUACAGCUGAAGUCCAUGGCCAAACCUACCAUACAGAUUAAACAGGAAGGAGGCAUGAAGAUCAUCACUCACAGUGUGCCCUCUGCAGGCAGUAAGAUCCUCCCUAAGCCUCAGUUCGCCACUGGCGCCAGUGGGAACCAGGUGGUGGUGGUCACCAGUGGUGCUCAGAGCUCUCUGGCAGUGGUGACCAAAGCUUCGGUGGGCGUGGCAGGCAGUCACAGUGUGCCCAGUAAAGUGUUGAAUAUCACCACACAGGGAGGCAAGGUGAUAGCAGCCUCCACAUCACGCGGGGGCAGUGGCUCUCCUAAUGUGGUCACCGUGAACCCCAAGACACUACAGCUGACCUCAGUCAGAGCUGGGACCAGUAAUUUCUCUACAGUGCAGAAGACUGUCUCUCAGGUGCCAGGGAAGCCCAAUGUCAUCGUGGUCCAGAAGGGGACGGCACGUGGGAGCUCCACCCCUUCCACACCUCCCAUACAGAUCAAGGUGCCCAACCAGGGGGCCACAGCCGCAGCUAGUCCAUUUGAGAAGGAAUUUGGAACUUUCCUCAAUAAACAAGACGUCCAGCGUCAGACCUCAUGGCCUCAGAAGGUCAGCAUUCGCGUGCAGGACACUCGUGCCAGUGAAACAAGACAGGACACCACCAAAGCAGAGCUAGUGCGCUCAGAUUCUGAGCCAUCAGGGCGGUCCUCCAUUCUGGCUGAGCUAAUACAGGCAGUGGGUAUCGGGCCAGACUCAGGGUCUGGGUCUAAUUCUGGGAGAGCAACACCUGUUGGGGAGGAGGGGUUUCAGGCAGUGUCACAGCAAAAAG